UUCUUCGUCGUCUAUCUCUACAGUGCGCAGCCGUCCGGGGGAGCGUUAAGUCGGAUUAGAACCUGUUCCUCUCGAAUGUAAUCCUUUUUGGAUUUUUUUUUUUCGUUUUUCGGGAAUUAAAAAAAAAUUACCCAUCCCGUUUCUCGCCUUCCCAAAAAAAAAAACGAACAUGAUUUUCGGCGCCGGGGAUUUUUUUUCUCUCUCGCUAAAACAAGAAUCCAGUGAUUGAGCAGCAAGUUUAAAAUUUCGUUGCCCGCUGAGGUGCUAAUCAUUGUGGGUUGAACUCUGGUCCGGGAAGCGUGUGUGACCUGGUGAACUUGGGCGGGAGCUUCCGAAAGUGCAGUGCAAAAAUGUGGACACAGCCCUUUUGGGUUUGGUUGUUGGUUUUGGGGACAGGUGCGUUGUUGGUCUCGGCUGCCACUGAAGAUUAUCGACUUCCGCUGGAGGUUACUCCUCGGCACUACGAUUUGGAAGUGCACACACAUUUGGGUGACGAUAAUGAGGGCUUCCGGUUUGAAGGGCGGGUUAAGAUUUUGGUAACCGCCAAUAGUGACACGAACGUCGUCACGCUGCACGCGAAAAACCUUACCCUCGAUGAAGACGGAAUUCGGGUUGAGUUGAAUGGUCGAGAAGUGCCGGUUGCGUCGCUCACUAUACAAGACGAGACAGAUUUCAUCAUAAUACAAACCCGGCGGAAGCUGCUGACCGGUAAGAACUACACCAUCAGUAUUCCAUUCGAAGCGGAUUUUGGCACCGCGCCUGUUGGAUACUAUCGAAGCAGCUACGAAAGUUCCGAUAGCCAGGAACCAGUGUGGCUUUCAAUAACGCAGUUUCAAGCGAUUUAUGCCAGACGAGGGUUUCCCUGCUUCGAUGAACCCGAGCUGAAGGCUACGUUCAAUGUAAGCCUUGGCCAUCACAAGCGAUACAAUGCGCUUUCGAACAUGCCACUUCUGAGUCGAGAGGUUUCCAACGUUCGUCCCAAUUGGAUCAUUGAUACUUUCGAAAAAAGUGUGCUUAUGUCACCAUAUUUGGUAGGAUACUCCAUCAACGAUUACUCCUCGCUGGAGGCAGAAGGUGGUAACAGUUCGGUUUCGAUAAGGUCAUGGACCAGAAGGGAAGCCGUGGAAAACCUGCGGUACGCCAAUGAGUUGGCGGUUAAGUUGAUUCCGAUGUACGAGAGGAAUUUUGAGCUGCCUUUCCCAUUGCCAAAGCUGGACCUCAUUACCAUUAACAAUAUGUUGUUUGCGGCGAUGGAAAAUUGGGGUCUGGUAACGUUUACGGAGGGUGCUUUGGAGUAUUCGCCAGCCUCGGCAACAUUGGAUGAGCAACACUUCGUUGCAUCGGUAGUUUCCCACGAGAUCGCGCAUAUGUGGUUUGGGAAUCUCGUAACCAUGCGUUGGUGGACGGACCUAUGGCUGAAUGAGGGUUUCGCAAGAUACACUGAGUUUUUGGCCAUUGAAGAGCUACACCCGGAGUGGAAAUCACUCCAGGAGAUUGCCAUCGAAGAUGUGAUGGAGAUUUUCAAGUUUGACGCGCUCAACAACAGUCACCGGGUUUCUAUCGAAAUAGGUAAUCCGGAGGAAAUUCCUCAGUUGUUCGAUUCUAUUUCUUACAAAAAAGGAUCGGCGCUCGUUCGUAUGAUGCAUCUGUUUUUAGGUGAUGAUGCUUUCUUCGGGGGAGUAGCGAGGUAUUUGAAAAAGUUCCAGUACAGUAACGCCGAACAGAACGAUUUGUGGCAAUCUUUGACGGAGGAAGCCAAAGAGUUCGAAGUUGAUUUAGAUGUAAAAGCGAUCAUGGAUACUUGGACGCUACAAACAGGAUAUCCGGUUGUGUAUGUUGAUCGUAAUUACACCGACCAAACGGUUACCUUCCAACAAAUGAGGUUCCUGUACGAUGAAACAGUAAUAGAUCCAGCCUGUUGGUGGAUUCCUCUAACACUCAACUUUGCGAGCAACUUCAACUUUGAUACAACCCAACCCCAGAUGUGGUUAGGUUGCACUAAAGAAACCACGCCCAAAGUAACAAACGUUUCCUCCGAUGAUUGGAUACUCCUAAACAGCAAACUUGCCGGGCUCUACAAAGUUCAAUACGACGAACGUAACUACAAACUGUUGAUCAAUCAUUUGAAUGGACCCUCCUACAGUACCAUCAAUACAGUAAACCGUGGUCAACUGAUCGAUGAUUCUCUAGACCUCGCUUGGGCUGGUUUACAAGACUACGGUAUCGCUUUUUCACUACUAAACUACCUUUCUGUUGAACAAGAGUACAUACCCUGGAAAGCUGCCUUGUCAAACAUGGACCAACUCGAUCGUGUUCUUGCCAGAACCGAUUCGUAUGACAUGUUCGAAGCCUACGCCCGCAAGCUUCUGCAGCCCAUCUACGAAAAGCUAGAUGUAUUCCAAUCGAACCUCACCAUGACCAGCGUGGGUCAGAUACGCUUGAAGAAGCUGGUCACUGAGUGGGCUUGCUCCAAAAAUAUCACCGAUUGUGUUUCCAGCUCCAUAGACCUUUUCGAGCGGUGGUUCACAACGGGCGAAAACACCAUUCCUGUCGAGAUUCGACCGACCGUGUACUGUUUCGCCAUCCAGGAAGGAUCCCAGCAAGAUUGGCAGUUCCUUUGGGAACGUUAUCAAGACAGCAACGUUUACAGCUUCGAGCGAUUUUCGAUCGCUCAAGGGCUGGCUUGCACUAAAAACACAACCCUUAUGGAACAGCUGCUCGAUUGGUCUAUUCAACUGAUGUCCGGGCUAAGGCUGGAACAUACGACCGAAAUCUUCAACAUCAUAGCAGCUCAACCGGAAGGAACUCCCAUUGCCAAGCGCUUCCUGUUCGAAAAUAUCGACCGGAUGGAAGAUUAUGUCAAUCCGGAGAGCUUCGAAUCACGCUUGGCCAGCCACGUAAAGGUGCUGGCGGAACGUAUCGUUACGACCCAGGAGCUAGAGGAGUUGCAACAGUUUGUAGAGGCGAAGCAAACGCUCCUGGCCGGAAACAGCCUUGCGAUUGCCCAGGCACUGGAACAGGCCCGGAUCAACAUUCAAUGGAUGAAUAGAAGCUAUCCCGGGUUUGCGACCGUCUUGCGACAGCUAGCCGACAACGAUUACGAUGCCAGCAAGUUGUCAUAACCGAAAGCUAUUUCGAAAAAAAACUCUAUUUUCCCUAAAAUCUGUCUUUUAAUUUGUUUUUUCAUUAUUUUUGU